AUGACAACCGAAUACGACGUCGCCGUCGUCGGGCUCGGCGCGCUCGGAAGCGCCGCCGCCUACUACGCGGCCCGCAAAGGCGCCAAGGUCAUCGCGUUGGAGCAGUUUGAGCUCGGCCACGUCCGCGGCGCAUCGCACGACACGUCGCGCAUCAUCCGCACCUCGUACGAGGCGCCGCACUACGUCGCGCUCGCCAAGUCGGCCUACCGGGACUGGGCGGACCUCGAAGCCGCCGCCGGCCAGACGCUGACCAGCACGACCGGCGGCCUGGUGUUUCUGCCCGAGGGCGGGCCGCUGUCGCCCGACGCCUUUGCGACAAGCCUGGCGCACAACGACAUACCCUACGAGCUGCUGACGGCGGACGAGGUGCGCGCGCGGUGGCCGCAGUACAGCGUCGCGCAGACGGUGCGCGCCGUGUACACCCCGGACUCGGGCAUCGUGCACGCGGCCAAGGCCGUCAUGGCGAUGCAGCACCUGGCGCGCGUCCACGGCGCGCAGCUCAGGGAGCGCUCGCCCGUCACGGCUGUGAAGCCGCAGGACGGGGGCGGUGUGGUGCUUGAGACGGCCGGGGGCGCGUUUUCCGCCAAAAAGGUCAUCCUGGCGACGGAUGCGUGGACAAACGCGCUGCUGGCGCCGCUGGGCGUCACGAUCCCGCUGCAGGUCUCGCAGGAGCAGGUGACGUAUUUCAAGCCCGCCGACGUGUCCGCGUUUGAGGCCAGCCGGUUCCCCGUGUGGAUCUGGCACGCGGACCCGUGCUUCUACGGGUUUCCCGUGUACGGCGAGCCGACGAUCAAGGUGGGCCAGGACUGCGCGAUGAACCUGAUGACGCCAGAAGAGCGCACGUUUGUGCACUCGCCCAAGAUUCUGGACGAUCUGUGUGCUUUUCUGAAAGGCUUUCUGCCCGACGAGGCGAGGGAGCCGCUGCGCACGGUGACGUGCCAGUACACGACGACGCCGGGACGACAGUUUAUUCUGAGCGCGCUGGGCAGCCAUCCGGAUGUGAUUGUGGCGCUCGGGGCGGCGCACGCAUUCAAGUUUGCGCCGGCCAUUGGGAGGAAUCUGGCCGAGUUGGCGAUGGAUGGACAGAGUACGGAUGACUUGUCCAAGUUUGGCAUGCCGAGCGGUACUGGCGAUGACUGA